CUACGCCCACUAACACCAGCACAACCACCACCACCACCACGCACAUCAGCCAACAACACCAGUAGUAGUUUGCAUUCUGGCAGAAAGGGCGAGCAGUCGUACGUUGAUGGCUUGGUACAACGCUGCAUUUACGCAGAGAGAGUUGCAACCUUGACGAGUUCCAGCCGCAUCACCAAGUUGGUGUUUGUCUUAGUUUCUCUCCUCCGCGGUAGUCUUUAUAUUCGCGGUGCACAACACCGAUAAGGGCGACGGGAUGACAGUUGCGCACCGGAGUCUGGGGUGUGACGACUCUCUUUUGUGUGUUGUGCCAGCCUUCUGACAUAAGUAGUUUCUGGACAGUAGGCUUUUAUAAAUACACCUAACUGCCUAGGUUUUGGACUGUUUUGAUGGUGUUUUUUCUUUUUUUUAAUCUCAAGACCCCCGAUGAUCUGGACACUGGGCUCCAUCCAGACAGAACCAAUUUGUUGAUCGCAGCCCACUUUGCGGAUGUAGGAUCGGUGAGAGGACUGUGUCUACGUUGAUCUAAACUGAGCGUUGCAGCUCAAAUGCAUUCGCUGCUGGACCGGGAGAAGAAAGCACCCGGGUUCGGGAUCGAUCUGUCGCCGGGCUUCUUGCCCCUGCACGCCGCCAGGAUGUUCAGCUGUGUGGGGUGCUUCUGGGUGCUGCUCUCCUCCGCUUUGGUCGCCGUGUGUAGUUUCAGUUUCAUAUCCCCUGCUUGGAUUGUCAAGGAGCAUCUGAAAAACAAGGACUCCGUGAGUUUCGGGCUACUUUGGCACUGCUCGGAGUCCAUUGACCGUAUGUACAGGUGCUACACGUUUGGAGGACUGGGUCGAUUUGCGGAGAUCCCUUCAAGCUCUUGGCAGACGAGCGCGGUGCUGUGUUCGGGGGGCUGUGCCCUGCUGGCGGUGGGGUCCCUGCUGGCCAUCGUCACCAUCUUCCUGCCCACGGGGGGCUGCGAGAGGAGGGUCUGCACCCUGGCCGGCUACAUCCAGAUGGCUGCAGUGUUCAUCAUGGGCUCCGGUCUGUUGGUGUACCCCUUCGGCCUGAACUCGAGCCUGGUGCGCUCCUUCUGCGGUAACUCUGACAUCUACUACGCGGGCGACUGCCAGAUCGGCUGGGGCUACAUGCUGGCCAUCGUGGGAGUGAUGCUCACCCUCUUCCUGCCCUUCUUCGCCAAAUACGCGCCCAAGGAGCAGCUGUCUCCGACCCCCCUGCCCACUCUCUUAUAGUGCAUUGCUUCAGGGUGGACGGCCCCUGCGGUAACCCUCUCUCUCUCUCCAUUGAUGACUCGUCAUCGCCACUAUCCGCUCUGCUUCCUCGCUCUGGUGUCGGGGAGAGAGAGGCGUGGCCUAGCAUGUCCCAUUAAAAAAUAAUACAACUAGGACGCUGUUUUUAAAGAGCCGGUAUUUACUGAGCCAACGAACCACACGGCACGACAGACUUCCUUUAUCGUAAGACUAAACAAAAAUAACGUGCACAGGAUAGUCUUUGGUUUGUUUGUUUUGGUUUGUUAUAAUAAACUGUUUUGUUGUCAUACCUAUGAUCCUCAGCUUGUAAGUGUAUACCUUUGUUGUCUGGAAGGAGAUUAACCUCUUUUUACAUAAAUGCAAACAUAUGGCAGACAUUCCUACUGAUGUAUUAAAGGGAAACCCUCCAAAUGCCUGACUACUUCCUUCUAUUUUUAAUUGUUUGUUGGUAAUUGCAGUCGUAUAAAAUUCUCAUUCAUCUCCCACGCUGUCUGGACAAGGCGAAUAGCAAGCGUCAUUACUCUGCCUCAGAAGAGGUCUCUGUCAUUGUGGAAAUAAGGACAUUUUCAUUUGAAGAGCUUGUGUAAUGAUAAUAUGAUUGGUUGAGGGACUUCUGAAGGUUACAGUAAGGGUGGAAUGGAGUACAACUUCAAAUGGGCGUGGAAAAAUGGACCCUCGACUUUAAAGUCCUUGCAUCUACUGACUUAUUUUGGAUGCCAUUGGAUUGUAAAUAUGGAGCAAGUUGGACAAAUGAACAAGAUUCUUACCAGUUCUCUUGGAUUAUGGAUGUUCUUGACAAUGGUGUGACCAAAUUAGACAGCAGCUGAUCUCAAACUGUGGGCUCUAAAGGCUUGCAAAGUUGGACAAAAGUUGGACAUUUCACACAAAAGCUACCAUUACGCACAGCCUCAACCUGCCGGCAAGAAGCAUGGAAACCCUUUGUUCCCCUGAAGAGGAAUUACAUUAAAACGUAAUAUACUAGUUGUCAAAAGUCAAUGUUUUUAAAAUGGUUUGUGAUCAGUUGAUGUUGGAAAUACUGCGUCUUUGUUUCAACCCUUUUCCCCCAAGAAUUUCUUCUGUGAUCUGUUUGGCUUUGGUAACCCUGCAUAUUUUAUUUUGGUCUUCUAAUACAACGCGCUUGAAUCUCGUUCUCGGAUUCAAGAUCAAAUUGAAACACCCAAAAGGCAGGGAUAGAAAGGAUGACAGUGAAACAUGCAUGAUCAGUUGGGGUUUGUUAUUGCAAGAGCAUUUUGAUCUGGAUUUUAAAUGUGAUCAUCCGACCAUACCAACUUGUGCCUUUUUAAAAUGUUCAAUACUCUUAUCAGGUUACCUACUUAUGAAUAACUGGAUCUAGAUGUGUAAGGUGUAUUACUUUUAGUUGUAUUUCUUUCUCUCUCUAUCUGUGGUAAAGUGUUUCUUCUGUACUUCAGUGUAAUAAAUGUGAUCUGAUGGAACUUUGGAAAUGUCUAGGAAGCAAGUUUACAAAAGCUUCUACACCAUGGAAGCUUUUGUGGCACAGAGAUAGAAACUGAUGUACUAAUAUUCAAUUACACCCUGGCCUGUUUUGACUUUACCCAGAGGCAGAAAGCCACUCUAAUCGUUAAAUUAAAAGGUCGUGACAUCCCACUAAUAUACCUAUUCUUGGAGUCCCUGUAGUAUGUGGAUUUGAGUGGCAGAGGUAAGAACUGAACCAAUUGAACCUUGGCUUCAGGUAAUGUAAAGUUAACACGUUCACAUAAAAUGUGAAACAUGGUGCAUGUCCUUGAGAUCCACUCAUUCUCCACCUCCUCUGACUGAUGGCAUUAUUCUCUUGAUUUUCCACAGACAAAACAUAUUUUCCCAAUUACUUACCCUGUGCACUGCCAAUUUAAUCAAAAUAGACUACCUUUUAUAUAAGUGUUAAUUAUUCUUAAUGAAUGAGUUUAAUUACGUUAAACCUUUAAAAAUGCCAACAUUUAGUUUUAAUCCAUAAUGUCUUGCCCUUGAAAAAUAAAUAUGUAAUUAUGUUGCUGUAUUUUUUUGAAAUAUGAAGAAUAACGUGUUGGUAUUGUAUUGGACCUUAUACUGUGCUUGACUGUACAAAUGAUUGGCAUUACUGCACUGGACGGAAACAAUGCCCCAAUUUGUUCUACCCUUCUGUGUCAAGUCUCGGCACUGGUGAAACUGUUUUCGUAGGGUAUAGAAGUAUUGAGUUUUUCAUUGUAAUGUUUGACUUUAAAUAAAUUAAUAAUUGUA